CAGAGACCUGAUGUGUAUAUAAUUCAUCUGUUCCCCCAUCAGAAUUGAACGAUCCAAACCACUACCCUCUCGUUCACAUCGACACCUACUCUUGACAUCCUAUCUCAUUUAUUUCGGUCCACCAUGAGAUACGCACUUGCCUCCCUCGCCCUCGCGGCCGGUGCCUCUGCGGCCUCCAUCCCCAGAUCCUGCUCCUUCGGCAUCACCGCUACCGGUGGUGAGCCAGGAACCAUGGGACAGCUCAGCGAUGGACAGAACCGCAUCGGAGGUGGCCUCCCACCUGCCAGCUACUCCAUCAGCAACGGCGCCAUCACCGACUCCAACGGCAGAGGAUGCAUUCUCACCCCCGAGGUCGAACAGUUCCAGUGUGACAGCGGUGCUGCCCCAACUGGUGGUUUCGCUAUCAGCAGCAGCGGUGAGAUCUCUCACAACGGCUCGGAAACCUUCUACGCCUGCCCUGCCUCUGACACCGAGUGGAACAUCUACACCACUCCCGUCGUUGGCCAGAAGAAGUGUGUCACCAUUGGCCUGACCGCAAGCGGCUGCUACUCUUCGUCCGCAUCUUCAUCUCCUGCCAGCUCAACUGGUUCCAAGACCACAGCUCACCCAGCUGGCCCAGGUAACGGUCCCUCUGGAAGCAGCCCUGCCGGCCCCGCUGGUCCAGGAAGCAGCCCUGCUGGAAGCACCCCCGCCGGUCCAUCUGGUCCAGGAAGCAGCCCUGCCGGAAGCAGCCCUGCCGGUCCCGCUGGUCCAGGAAGCAGCCCUGCCGGAAGCAGCCCUGCCGGUCCCGCUGGUCCAGGAAGCAGCCCUGCUGGAAGCACCCCCGCAAGCCCAGCUGGCCCAGCAAGCAGCCCCGCUGGAAGCAGCCCCGCCGGAACUCAGCCCACUUCUGCUCCUUCCACCCCUGGUGGCCCCAAGAGCUGCCCAGCCAACCUCAACGGCCAAUACCAAUACCCUCACCUGAUCGUCCCUGUCUCCGCCUCGUCGCCUGACAAGUCUUUCGGCACAUCCUACAACGGCACCAUCACCUCCGACAUCAGCUCCAUCUUCAACUUCGACGUCCCCAAGUCCUACACUGGCACUUGCUCUCUUGUCUUCCUCUUCCCCCAGAAGGACCAACUCGAGACCUCCUCCUUCAGCUUCUCCGGCAACGGCGAGGUUGACUUCGCGCAAUUGACCACCGUGGCCACCAACACGACCACCUACGCCACUGAGGGCAGCGUCAAGACUGACUUUGGCAACUUCACUGUCACCCCUGGUUCCUCCACCGUUGUUUCCAGCUUCUCUUGCCCCGCUGGCCAGACUGUCUCUUACAAGAUCAGCUCUGUCUCUGGAACCAGCCUCAACUACUUCCAGGACUGGAACCCAAGCCCCAUCGGUUUGUUCAUCACCACUUGCUAAAUGCAAGAUGUAUAAAAUUGGGAUUUGGGAUCAAAGGAUAUGGGAAACAGGAUAUGGGUUUAGGGAGGAUUUAAAAAGUUGUACAUCAUCACAUUCGUUACGAGACACAUGAAAAACCAAGGUGUAAGACCAGAUAAGAGAUAGGAAGUCAUUCAUUGUAC